CUGUACAACACACUCGUUCAGCAAUCUGCAGCUCGCCCAUGGUGCGCGGCGCCUCACUUCAACACCGAAAACGACCACCGACACCAUCUCCUAAUCCACUAAUCUCCUAAUCACUUUUCUGACCUUUCCCGCAACUUUUGCUGGCCGUAAAGGCCAUCGGCACGCGACAUAUAUGCCUCCCACGGCAGCGCAAGGCCCUGCGCUGCUGAACCGAGCGACGCCCUUCCUCCGUCCUCGAUUUCGCUGUCCCGAGUGUUUGCGACCUCUUCCCAUCAGACCUCUCCACACCUCCUCGCCGAAUCUUCACAAUGCCUCGCCGAGGAGACAGCAAUCCGCCGCAGUCGCCGCAGCAGUGUGGAAAGCGAAGCAAAUCUUCUCCAAUGGACCGCCUCCACCUGGGCCCAUGGGCAUCGACCCGCUCCGAAGCGUGGCGAAGGAGAUGAAGUUCAUGACGGGAAACAUACGGCAGUUGCUGGGCUCAGGGCAUCCAAUGCUCGACACCGUCGCCAAAUAUUACACCCAGUCCGAAGGCAAAUACAUACGGCCCAUGCUGGUGCUGUUAAUGUCGCAGGCUACAGCAUUGCUUCCCAAGAUGCCGCGAAGGUGGUCUCAGGAGAAUGUGAGCGCCGACGAAUCAAUCACGCCUUCUUCUAUUCUCGCCGAUGAGAACCCCUCCUCUCCCUUGACUUCCGACUCCGCCAACUACGCCGACUACAGCGAUCCUUUGAUCUUGCCUUCACAACGGAGGUUGGCAGAGAUUACGGAGUUGAUUCACACUGCUUCCCUAUUACAUGACGAUGUGAUCGAUACAUCGUUCAGUCGAAGAGGCAACGCAUCAGCCAACAUCGCAUUUGGAAACAAAAUGGCCGUGCUAGCAGGUGACUUCCUGCUCGGAAGGGCGUCAGCAGCACUGGCGAGACUGCGCGAUCCCGAGGUCACGGAGCUCCUGGCGACCGUCAUCGCCAACCUGGUGGAGGGGGAGUUCAUGCAGCUCAAAAACACGUCCCGCGACGAACGACAUCCCGUCUGGCACGAAGACACCGUCACCUACUACCUCCAAAAGACGUACUUGAAGUCGGCCAGCUUGAUCAGCAAGUCGUGUCGUGCGGCUGCCUUGCUCGGCGACCACCCGCGGGAAGUGGUAGAGGCCGCUUAUCAGUAUGGAAAGAAUCUUGGCAUCGCCUUUCAAUUGGUGGACGACAUGCUAGAUUACACAAUAUCAGGUUCAGAGCUGGGUAAACCUGCAGGAGCCGACUUGGAGCUGGGCCUCGCUACUGCGCCUCUGCUAUUUGCGUGGAGGAGCAAUCCCGAGCUAGGGGCUCUGGUGGGCCGGAAAUUCUCGCAAGAGGGCGAUGUGCAACUAGCACGAACUCUCGUCAUUCAAAGCGAUGGCAUCGAACAGACGCGGGCACUGGCUCAGGACUAUGUCGACAAAGCCAUUAGAGCGAUUGCGGGCUUUCCGGAGAGCGAUGCCAAAGUGGGCUUGAUUGAUAUGUGCUCGAAGGUGAUGAAGAGGAGGAAUUAAGGAUCCCACCUGACGCUGAGCCCCCCGUGUAAGCUGCGAAAGCGAUGGGAGCAGCUUGAUUCGUGCCGUCGAGGUCAACGAGUGACUUGCCAUGCAUAGCAUGGAAUAGUUGCUACCUGGAAGAGCAAACUGGGCCGUGUAACUCCAUACCAUAUCAAUAGAUCGCUCAGCAACGUUGAAGCAACUCGCUGCUGGACUCUGUAGUAGUAUCACGGGUUGA